GUCAACAAGUAUAAAUAGAUACUUCUUAUCAUCCUUUUAUUUAUUUAUUUCGGUUAAAAAAUGAAUAAGAUUCACUUGGUUGUGUUUGUACAUGGUAUGAUGGGCUCAAGAGCUCAUUCGCUCUAUGUAAGCGAACGACUUGUCAGAAAGUGUCCUAAUAUACAAACUGUAAAGCUUAUAAAUAAAUCAAAUACGCCAAACGAAGGAUGGCUGAUGAAUGAUGGCGUGGAUGUCUGUGGACUUCGAUUAGCACAGGAGAUAUAUGAUCAUAUCAUAUACUUGCACACAUCCAAAUCGAUGACAGUAACCCAUUUUUCGAUCUUUGGUCAUUCAAUGGGCGGUAUUGUAGCUCGAUUUGCAAUCGGAAUUUUAGAUAGACAAGGCGUGUUUACAAACAUAAAGUUGAUGAACUAUAUAUCCUUUGCUUCACCUCAUUUGAGUAUCUAUAUUCCUUAUCAAGAGUGGUAUAGUCGGGCGAUCAAUGAAAUCGUAAAGAUAGGUGGAUGUCCGAUUACAGAUCAAUUGUCAUUUUGUGAUUCAUUUAGAGAAGGCAAACCAUUGUGGGAGAUAUUAGCGGAUCCAGGUACGGCGAUAUGAUAGCAAAAUAAGAACAGACAAGAUUCAUUUUAUUUUAGCACAUGAAUUCUAUACUGCCUUGAAAAAGUUUAAACACAAACGUAAUUAUGUCAAUACAACUGGUGAC